AUGCCUUCACCACAAACAUGUAUUCAAGAGCCCAUUGCCGUAGUGGGAUCGGCCUGUCGGUUUCCCGGAGGCAGCACCUCCCCAUCGAAGCUGUGGGAAUUGCUCAGCCAGCCUCGAGACGUGUUGCAGACGUUCGAUCCGAAGCGACUAAACCUCAAUCGCUUCUAUCACCAGAAUGGUGACUCUCAUGGAUCAACCGAUGUACAGAACAAGUCCUAUCUAUUGCAAGAAGAUUCCCGCGUCUUCGAUGCGCCCUUUUUCAAUAUCAGUCCGGCUGAGGCAGAAGGCAUGGACCCUCAACAACGGGUCUUGCUGGAGACGGUCUUUGAAGCAUUCGAAGCAGCUGGAUGCACGCUCGACCAAAUGCAAGGCUCAUCCACCUCCGUCCAUGUAGGGGUCAUGAAUGGCGACUACUUUGACAUUCAACUGCGCGAUACAGAAACAAUCCCGAAAUAUAAUGCCACGGGAACCGCUCGCAGUAUCCUCUCAAAUCGAAUCUCUUACGUCUUCGAUCUCAAGGGUCCCUCGGUAACCAUUGAUACUGCCUGCUCCAGCUCGCUCGUGGCUCUGCACCAGGCCGUCCAGAGCCUCCACCAGGGCGACUGCUCGACCGCCAUCGUGGGAGGCGUGAAUCUGAUUUUCGAUGUUUCCAUGUAUAUCAUGGAGUCAAAGAUGCACAUGCUCUCCCCUGACUCUCGGUCCCGCAUGUGGGAUCAAUCGGCAAAUGGCUACGCCCGUGGAGAGGGUGUCGCGAUCCUCAUGCUGAAGCCGUUGAGCCAUGCCCUGCGGGAUGGCGAUCAUAUUGAAGGCCUAGUGCGCGGUACUGGAGUCAAUUCUAACGGCCGGAGCUCGGGCAUCACAAUGCCCAACGCAGUAGCGCAGGCGUCGCUGAUUCGCCAAACAUAUCAACGGGCAGGACUGGAUCCUGUUCGCGACCGAUGUCAGUAUUUUGAAUGUCACGGCACCGGAACGCCGGCAGGUGAUCCCGUCGAAGCCCGAGCUAUCAGUGAGGCACUGUUCGAUCGAACACCAUCCCCAAAUGCGACAGAUCCACUGUAUGUUGGCUCUAUCAAAACAGUUAUAGGCCAUACAGAAGGCUGUGCCGGACUGGCCGGCGUGAUGAAGGUCCUGGUGGCCAUCAAGCACCGCACCAUACCUCCAAAUCUGCUCUUUGAGAACCUCAACCUUGCAAUCCUCCCUUAUUAUGUCAAAAUUAAAAUUCCGACUGAACCUCUUCCGUGGCCUCAUGUUCCAACGGGUAGUCCCUUGCGUGCCAGUGUGAACAGCUUUGGAUUUGGAGGAACAAAUGCUCAUGCCAUUAUCGAGAGUUACGACUCUGAUGUCUCAUCUUUCAGUGAUGAAAUCAUCCAAACAGACCGAGAGAACAAAUUCAUCGGUCCUCUCAUCUUCUCUGCCCGUUCCAGAUUGUCCCUGCUUGGAAUUGUCCGGGCAUUCUGGCAGCAUAUACUCGAAAAUCCUUCUCUUGAUCUCGAAAACCUCGCCUGGGUACUACAGCAACGACGGACAGCACACCGAGUCAAGAUAUAUUUCACCGGAGAGUCCCGAGCACGACUCCUAGAGAACAUGGAACAGUUCUUGCGCAACCACGAGAAAAAACCCAAGCUGGAGGCUGGUAUUCAGCCACAUCCCAUCAACCCGACUGAAAUCCCUGGUGUACUGGGUAUCUUCACAGGACAAGGAUCUCAAUAUCCGGCAAUGGGCCGGGGCCUCAUUCAAACCUCCGCUUUGUUUCGGAAGACGAUUGAUAAAUGUGAAGCGGUUCUGAGUGGGCUAGUUGACGGGCCAGAGUGGUCUCUCCGCAAAGAAUUGUCAGCCAAUGCGUCUGAGUCCCGGAUAUCACAGGCAGCACUCUCUCAGCCCAUUUGCACGGCGGUCCAAAUUGCUCUCGUCGAUCUGCUUAAUGCAUCUGGGAUCCAAUUUGAUGCUGUUGUUGGCCAUUCAUCAGGAGAGAUUGCUGCUGCAUAUGCAUGCGGCAUCUUGACUCUCACAGGAGCUAUGCAGAUUGCGUACUAUCGUGGUCUUCAUGCCUGGUUGGCUCGCGGAUCAGAAGGUCAGCUGGGAGGAAUGAUUGCUGUCGGUAUCACCAUCGCUCAAGCCUUGGAAUUUUGCCGUCAUGCUGAAUUUCAAGGACGUCUCGGAGUGGCUGCGAAUAAUGCGCCGCAGAUUGUGACACUUUCCGGUGACCUCGAUGCGGUGGAAGAAGCCAAACAGCAUUUUGAUGAGCAGAAUGUAUUUUCCCGUCAGUUGAAGGUGGGUACAGCAUAUCAUUCCCACCACAUGCAGCACUGCACCGAGCCUUAUCUGCGCUCCCUUCUCGCAUGCAAUAUCGAAGUCAGACGGCCCCGUGAAAGUUGUGUUUGGAAUUCGAGUGUCCGUGGUGAUACACAGUUGCUGAAAGAGGACCUCAGCUCCCUCAAGGGCCCGUACUGGGUGGCUAAUAUGGUCCAAACUGUGCUUUUCUCUCAGGCAGUGGAAUCCUCCAUCUGGCACGGUGGUCCUUGGGACGUGGCCAUCGAGGUUGGCCCUCAUCCUACCCUCAAGGGCCCAACCGAGCAGACCAUCACAGCCGUAUAUGGCUCCGCCCCAGCCUACUCUGGUGUCCUGGGACGCAACGAAAGUGACGUGGAAUCAAUCUCGGGGGCCCUGGGCUUCUGCUGGUCCCACCUGGGUCCCUCCUUUGUGGACUUUAAUGGUUAUCGUGGUACAUUCCACGAAAAUUCACCUCGUCCUCUGCCGCGUAUGCUCAAGGAUCUGCCAUCAUAUUGCUGGGAUCAUAGCAAAGUCUACUGGCGUGAAUCACGCAUCUCCAGGCGGCUACGGACUGGUUCCGACCACUACCACGAGCUGUUGGGACGCCGGAUGCCCGAUGACACGGAGCACGAGCUCCGCUGGCGCAAUAUUCUAAAUUGCAGCGAUAUGUCCUGGCUCCGUGGCCACGACAUCCUGGGACAGGUAUUGCUUCCUGGAGCAGCUUAUGUUUCCAUGGCACUUGAGGCCGGCAAACAAAUGGCAGCAGGACGAACGAUCCGCCUCUUGGAGGUGCAGGAAGUCGACAUCCGGCGGCCAGUCCUUGUCCCAGAUACCAAAGACGGCACUGAAACAAUUUUUGUCGCCAGGUUAAUCGACUCAACCGAUGACUCUGUUCUAGAAGCCGAAUUCUCCUUUUUCUCCUGCUCCGACUCUUUAUCGGAGUCCAUGGUUCAUACCUGUAACGGUCGAGUACUGGUUCAUUUGGGCUCGCCAUCAGUGGAUGAAUUGCCACACAGAGAGCCUGUAUCGUCAAGCUUACUCGAUGUCGAUGUAGAUAGGGUCUACAGUACGUUUGGCGGGAUUGGAUUAAACUACCAAGGGAUUUUCAAGGGCCUGUCUAAUGUGCAGCGCUCGUUGAACUAUGCCACGUCGACUGCGGUAUGGUCGGAAUCGGACUUGGACCACGACUAUUUAAUCCAUCCGGCAUUGCUAGAUGUCGCCUUUCAGUCUCUCUUCGUCGCCCGAGCACAUCCGAGCACGGAGCAAAUGCCGAAUGCACUCCUCCCUGUGCACAUAAAGCGCGUGCUUGUCAAUCCGAAUGUGCCGCUCGUCGAAGCAGAAGGAACAGUCAGGAUAAAUCUGGACUCAUUUAUCGUAGAUCGGACUCCCUCAUCAGUUCUCGGUGACAUGCAUGUCUACAAUGCCUUUUCUGGAGAUGCUGCUGUGCAAGUCGAGAGCCUCCAGUUAAAAGCCAUUGCUGAACCAACCGAGUCGCAGGAUCGCCAAAUCUUCAGCGAGACCGUGUGGCAGGCCGACGCAUCGUUGAAUCUGGUUAUCCCGAAAUGCGAUCCCACUGACGACGCGGCGGAGAUGAAUCUUGCUGAAGCCAUUGAUCGUGCGGCUCUCUACUACAUACAACGUCUUCUCGAAGAAAUCAGCCCUGCUGAGAGGGCCGGUCUAUCGUGGUAUCACCAGAGGAUGUGCGAAGCCUUUGAACAUCACCUAGCAUCGGUCAAAAAGGGCAUGCAUCCGGUAGCAAGGCGUGAAUGGCUCACUGAUGGACCCGACGCUGUGAAAGCGCUGAACGAGAAGUAUCCCAAUCAAAUUGACCUGCAGCUCAUCCACGCAAUUGGAGACUGUCUGGUCUCAGUAUUGCGCGGCGAGACUCAAAUUUUGGAGGUGAUGCUGCAGGAAAAUAUGUUGAGUCGCUUUUACACAGAAGGCUGCGGUUUGAUGGUCGCCAACGAGGGGAUUAGAUCCACGUUGCAGCAGAUCACUCACAAAUUCCCCCGUGCUCGGAUCUUGGAGAUCGGAGCCGGCACGGGCGCCACGACGCGCAGUGUUCUCAACGCCAUCGGAAAUGCAUAUGAGUCCUACACUUACACGGAUAUCUCGACAGGAUUCUUUGAAGAUGCGGCUGAGAGGUUUUCUGACCACAGUCAGAAGAUGGUCUUCAAAACGCUAGACAUUGAAAAGCCUGUGGCUAGCCAAGGGUAUACGGAAAACAGUUACGACAUCAUUAUUGCUGCAAACGUCUUCCACGCAACGCGUGAGCUCGGUACGACUUUGCAAUAUGCCAGAUCUCUGUUGAAGCCCGGCGGCUUCCUCGUGCUUGUUGAGGUUACCGGUCUUGAAGUGUUACGCCUGAACUUCAUCAUGGGCGGUCUGCCUGGAUGGUGGUUAGGAGGGGACGAUGGACGGCGGCUGCACCCCGGAAUUACACCCACAGAAUGGGAUCAACUGUUACAAGAAGCUGGCUUCUCAGGGGUUGACUUAGUCUAUCAUGAUCUAGCCGAUAGUCGCAAGCAUUGCACUUCUCUGCUCGUCAGCCAAGCCGUGGAUAACAGCUACCUUGGACUGCGCGACCCUCUGCUCGCGAUGGGCGACCUGGCUCAAGAGGCACCCUUGCUGCUCAUCGGUGGAAGGACACUGGCUGUGUCCAAAAUGACUAGGGAGCUCCAAAAGCUGCUCCCAUCAUCCUGGCGGCGUCAGGUGCAAGCCAUUACCGACCUGGAUACUCUCAGUCUCUCCUCUCUUACGCCAGGAACCGAUGUCAUCUGUCUGCAGGAAUUGGACAGCCCCCUGUUCUCCAUAGCUAUGAGUAACCCUCGUCUAGGUGUAAUUCAGAACCUUCUUCUCAAUGCAGCGAAUGUCAUUUGGGUGGUUCGUAACGGACAAUCCGGUAGCCCAGAGUCCAACAUGUUUCUUGGAAUCGCACGUGCUCUAUCUCAAGAACUACCAUAUGCCCAUCUUCAAUACGUCAACUUCGAAUCGAGUGAGAGUCCAUCAGCCAUGGCUCGGACGGCCCUUGAGGCAUUUGUGAGGCUGAAGAUUGCAUCCAGCCAGCCAUCGGGAGUGGAUAAUAUGGUUUGGACCCAGGAGCCGGAGAUCCUCAUUGAUGGCGGACAAACCCUCAUUCCACGAAUUCUUCCAAAUCGUGCCUCAAAUGAUCGUUAUAACGCUUCCCGCCGCACGCUGUGUCGGCCGGUUAAUAGCGCUGACACUACGGUUCGAGUGGUUGCUGGUCAAGCCACGUUAUCACUGACAGAAACAAUCUCGAGCAAGAGAGACAAAGACCAUCUUAGGGUGACUGUGCAAUAUUGCCUUCAAAUUCCAACCAACAAUCACGAAGAGGUUUAUCUCUGCUGUGGCUACCUCGAAGGAUCCAGAAAUACUGUUCUUGUUAUGUCGCCAACAAACCAAUCCAUCUUGAAGGUACCAGCAGCAGGUAUCAUUCCUAUCGAUGCGCAGGAUUGCAAUCCGAGCACCCUUCAACAGCUUGCGACUGAGCUAUUUGCUCAAGCAAUCAGCAGCUUGCUAGUGUCUUCUGCAGGAUCGGUGCUUGUAUUUGAUGCGGAAGAAAUUCUCGCCACCUCCAUUGAGGCUCAGUGUGCAAAGCACAAGACCAACGGCAUCCUGCUGGCUUCAUCUCAGCCCUUAAUACAGUCAAACCAGGUUUAUAUUCACCCACAAGGAUCUGUGCGCGCCACUCAGCGCCGCAUUCCCAACAACGUCGCCGUCUUUGUGGACUGUUCGAGGGAGCUCAGCGCUCGAUGUGUCAUUCAGCCUUGUCUGCCGAAGGGUUGUGAGAUAUACAAGCUGGACACGAAGCUCUUAUCAUCGAUGAUGGUACAAGGGGGGCUCGCAAAGGCUUAUUCAACGGCAAGCAGUAAUCCAAACUUUUCGCACUGCUACCCCGUAUUGAAUGUUCAGGACCUUCCAGGCGUGUCCGUUUCCAUCUUGAACGCCCCCUUCAUCACCGAUUGGCAGACUGCUACACCGCUCCAGGUUCCCAUUCAGCAGCCUGGCGGACAAGAAAUGUUCCAAUCUCACAAGACAUACCUGAUGGUGGGCAUGGCCGGCGGUCUUGGUCUUUCCGUGUGUCUGUGGGCGAUCCGACAGGGUGCACGUCAUGUCGUGAUCGCUAGCCGGAACCCCAAGAUUGAUGCAAAAUACUUCGAGGAUGCUAGGCUUGCUGACGCAGACAUUCGCAUCAUAUCCAUGGACGUCUCAAGCCGAUCGUCGGUCGAGCUUGUAGUAUCUAAGGUUCGGGAGACGAUGCCCCCAAUUGGGGGUGUCUGCAACGCAGCAAUGGUCCUGUCUGACAAGUUGUUCGUCAAUAUGGAUACUGAAAUCAUUGACAAGGUGUUGAAGCCCAAGGUCGAUGGCACACAACACUUGCAUGCCGUUUUUGAAAAUGACCACUUGGACUUUUUCAUCCUCUUCUCCUCUCUUGGGUCCAUCGUCGGCAGCCCAGGUCAAUCCAAUUACCACGCUGCAAAUCUCUUCAUGGCUGGAUUGGCUGCGCGGAGACGUGAUCAAGGAUUAGCGGCGUCUGUUAUUCACAUCGGACUAGUAACGGAUGUUGGUUACGUGACGCGCCAGGAUCGCAGUCUCCAGGACCAUCUGAGCAGCCUACUAUUCCUUCCGUUGUCAGAAACAGAUAUUCACCAUGCAUUCUCAGAGGCCGUUGAAGCUGGAAAACCAGAUAGCCAGCGUUCCUUCGAGAUUAUCAUGGGUAUUGAACCGCUCUCGAAGCCCGUCGCUACAGAAUGCCAACCCUGGUGGCUAUCCAAGAACCCUCAGUUCGCACAUUUCAAGCCAUCUGUUACUGUACAGCAGGAACAACGCUCCACCAAGGCUAGCAGUGGCAGCAUCAAACAGGGAGUGGAGAAAUCGGACUCAGAGGAUGGCGCUAUUGCACUGGUUGAACAGGCUUUCUGUGUCAAAUUGGAGUCGAUGAUGCAAUUGCCCGCAGGCAGUGUCCAAGUCCAAGAACCAAUUCUUGCUCUAGGAAUUGACUCUCUCGUGGCGGUGGAAAUCCGUAAGUGGUUCCUCAAGGAGUUGGGCGCGGAGGUUCCUGUGCUCAAGAUUUUGAGCGGAGAUAGCGUCGCGCAGAUUUGCAUCGUAGCCACCAAACGACUGCUGGCAGAUAUGCUUGAGAAGGUCCAGAGCAUAGCCCCAAACCCAGAAGAUUUGACCGAAUUGACUUCCACCCCAGAGGACUCGUCUGAUGCCACCUUGGGCAGUGGGGAUUCCGUGGCUACAAGCGAGCUGGGCGACUCACAGGAUCUGUCCAUCAAAGACCAAGCAUUAGAAGAGGUGCUCCCCAAUAUCCCUUGUGGUGACCAGUUUUACAGUGCGUCGCAACCACAAAACCCAACUUCCUUUCAAGAGGAACUUAUGUCCGACCCCCAGUCUCGCAUCUGGUUUGUCUCGAAGCAUGUGGAUGAUCCCACCACCUACAAUAUGACUAUUAAGUAUGAGGUGCAGGGGCACCUAAGUAUUCCGCGUCUCCGACAUGCUCUCCGUACAAUGCUGCAGCAUCACGAAGGGCUCCGCACCCGAUUCUACGCCCGUCUGGAAGAUGGACACCCCAUGCAAAGCAUUAUGUCUAAUCCAGUCUACAUUUUCAAGCAUGUAGAUAACUCUAACGACGCGGACAUUGCCAGUGCAUGUGAAUACCUUAAACAUCACAUAUGGGACCUCGAACGAGGCCAGACGUUGGGUAUGACAGUUCUUUCCCGAGAUUCAGGAAGUCACACAAUCAUCCUCGGCUACCACCAUAUUAUCAUGGAUGGGAUGAGUCUGCACUUCUUCUUGCGUGACUUGAAUGUCACCUACCAAAUGCAAACUCCCCAGGGCAAAGCAGGGACGUGCAUUCAAUAUGCCUCGGAGCAACUCCAGGCCAAGCAAUCCCAGAUCAUGCAAAGCCAGAUGCAAUUUUGGCAAGAUGAGUAUGCGUCGCUUCCCAGGGUUCUUCCUCUGCUACCGAUGGCGUGUACUCGGACUCGGCCGCCGAUGCAGACAUCCAAAAAAUAUCAUGUUUACCGCGAGAUCCAUCAUGAGCAAAUGGCCGCUUUCAAAAAGACAUGUCAGGCUCUUCGGAUCACACCCUUUCAUUUCCACCUAUCAGUUUUCCAGGUGAUGUUGGCUCUCUACGCAGAAACGGACGACAUCUGCAUUGGUGUUGCGGACGCCAACCGCACGGACGAGCGUUUCGCCGAGACGAUUGGAUUCUUCCUGAACCUGCUGCCCGUUCGCUUCCAAGUCGUGAAAGGAGACGAAUUUUCAAAAUUGGCUCAAGCUGCCGCUCGUAAGGCCUUUGCUGCUCUAGCAAACUCGUCGGUCCCGUUCGGUACCAUUUUGGACCAAUUGAAUGUGCCUCGAUCGACUGCUCACACGCCACUGUUCCAAGUAGCCAUCAACUAUCGAAUGGGUUCCGUUUGGGAAGUGCCGUUGGGAGACUGUCGCAUGAAGAUGAGUGAUAUUCAAGACGCCAGAAAUCCGUAUGAUCUCAGCUGCGGAAUCAUCGAGACAAGCUCGGGUACCUCCUUGGUCGAGCUCGUAGGCCAAGAGUCUUUGUACGAUGCUGAGGCAUGUCAAACGAUCUUGGAUACAUACAUGCGUCUCCUUCAGACCUUCACUAAGACGCCGAAUCUGCGAGUUCAGGACUGCCAGCUGAACGAUCCUUCUGAUGUCGCUUCCGCUUUGACAGUAGGACGUGGUCCACGAGUGCAAUUUGGCUGGCCUCGGACAUUGGCUGGGCAAAUGCAACUGAUCUACGGGAAAUAUGGGCCGAAUGCCGCAGUCGAAGACCGAUCUGAGAGCUUGAUAUACUCUCAGCUUGCAGACCGGGUCAACGCCAUUGCUUUUCGGAUCCUCGAGCUGCAGUGCGGGCCAGGAUCUCGCAUCGCCGUUCUCUGUGAGCCGUCGGUCGACUUUAUUGCUGCAAUGCUGGCUAUUAUCCAUGUCGGCGCUGUAUAUGUACCUCUGGACAUCAUUCUCCCAUCGACGAGACAUGAGUCCAUGGUUCAAAGUUGUCAACCGAGCUUGUUGCUCUUCCAUACAGCAACAAAAAGCCUUGCUGACAAUCUCACUGGCGGUACGGAAUAUGCUCUUCCAGCGGUAAGAGUGGACCAGAUCCAAGUCCAUCGAAAAAUUGUUCCCUGUCUCGCGAAGCCUGAUUCUCCAGCAGUUCUUCUGUUUACAAGCGGCUCCACAGGCAUGCCAAAAGGUAUUCUCCUAUCGCAGGCCAAUUUGGUGAACCAUUUAGCCCUGAAAACCCAGGCGCUGGGUCUGCAGCAGGAAUCAGUUCUCCAGCAGAGUUCUAUGGGUUUUGAUAUGUCGCUCAUCCAGGCUUUCUGUGCCUUGGCCAAUGGGGGUACGCUGGUGAUUGUUCCUGCUGAGGCCCGACGAGAUCCGGUUGAGAUGACGCAAAUCAUGCUACGCAAACGCAUCAGCCUGACCAUCGCGACGCCAUCCGAGUAUCUCAUGUGGUUGCGUUACGGGGCCGAGUCACUAGAGAAGCAUUUUUCCUGGCGACAUGUCUGCAUGGGCGGAGAGCCCGUUUCUGAUCAAUUGAAGGGCGAGUUCCGGCGCCUGGAGCUACCCUCUCUAGCCCUGACAAAUUGCUACGGCCCGACCGAAAUCACUGCUGCAGCUACUUUCCAACACAUUUCCCUCCUGGCUACCGACGCAGCGGAGCCUCCAAAUGCAGUUGGUAAGGCCUUGCCAAACUACUCGAUUUAUAUCGUUGAUGGCGAGGGGCAGCCUCUCCCAGUCGGACUGCAAGGGGAGAUCUGCAUCGGUGGUGCCGGUGUCUCAUUGGGAUAUCUUGAUUUAACCGACCUGACAGCACAAAAGUUCAUUCGCGACAUUGAAGCCACCCCGGAGGACCGGUUCCAGACCAUGUAUCGCACAGGAGAUCGGGGACGUUUGCUGUCCGAUGGCACAUUGGUCUUCCUGGGACGACUCGAUGGCGAUACACAGAUCAAACUCCAUGGGAUCCGCAUGGAGCUUGGAGAGAUUGAAGCUUCCAUUUUGGAAAUUUCACAGGGUCUACUCUGCAGCGUCGUGGUGACCGUACGGGGGGAUAUGUUAGUGGCACAUACUAUCUUUGCUGCUGGACAAACUGCCACGGGUGUAGAGCUCCAACAGCUGCUAGCUCGUCUUCAACUUCCACAGUAUAUGCGGCCCGCCAGAAUCGUUGUUUUGGAUGAUCUGCCUACCAAUGCAAACGGCAAGGUUGAUCGCAAGGCCCUGCAGGAACUUCCACUCCCCGAACAAUGGAUGAGUGCUCUACCAGAGGACAAGAUGACUCUCCGUGAAGGAGAAUUGCGACUCUUAUGGGAGAAGGUUCUGCCAGACCUGAAUAACACCUAUCGUCUGUCACCCAACUCGGACUUCUUCUUGGAAGGAGGUAACUCACUUCGCUUGAUGAAGCUUCAGGGGGCCAUCAAGGAGGCCUUGGGAGUGUCCAUCUCGACGCACGAACUGUACCAGGCUUGUACCUUGCGAGAGAUGGCUGCCUGCAUUAAUAAUUGCCGAGGCGCACCCGCAAUAGAACAGAUCGACUGGGCUCUCGAGACGGUUGUGCCAGAUUCCAUCUUAGCCGCAGCUCGCGAGGGCCAAAUGAAGGGGUCGCAACGCGUUCCGCGCGACAGGGUCAAUGUCCUUCUCACUGGAUCAACGAGUUUUCUUGGCAUAACCCUGGUGAAGAGCUUAAUCUCCGAGGAAACUAUCCAGCAAGUUCACUGUGUGGCAGUGCUACCGGAUGAAGAACAGAAGCUCCCCCGUUCUGAAAAGAUCUCUACCUACAGGGGCAGCUUGUCGUCGCCAACCCUGGGUCUCAGUCCAGCGGAUCAUGAGCAACUGCAUUCGACGGUCGAUGUCAUCGUCCAUGCAGGUGCCAAUGGCCACUGUCUCAACCAAUACUCGUCGCUACGUGUUCCAAAUGUUCAUUCCACAAAAUUACUUGCCUCUUUCGCCGUCCGCUGGUCUAUCCCUCUACUGUAUCUCUCCUCCAAUCGUGUCGGUCUUCUGUCCGGCAAUACGGCACCACUCCCGGUCUCCAUGGCCUCUUUCUUGCCCCAAACCGAUGGCACGGAGGGUUUUACGGCAUCUAAAUGGGCGAGCGAGUGCUUUUUGGAGAAUUUGGCGGCGUGCGUUCCUAUUACGAUCCAAGUGCACCGGCCAUGUGUGGUGGUGGGUGCCGAAGCACCCAACUCCGACGCGCUCAACGCGAUUCUGAAAUACUCGACUCUGAUGCGGACCGUGCCGCGAUUUGAUCGUGCCGAUGGAUAUCUUGACUUCCAGCCUGUGGAGGACACGGCGCGAGAGAUCGCUGAGGACAUCGUUGCUUUCGCCAAACAACCGACUACGGGACCAGUUCACUUCCGACAUCAUUCCGGAAAAGUCAAAGUGCCAGUCCAUGAGUAUCGGGCUUAUAUGGAGCAGGUGCAUGGACAUGCGUUUGCAGAGGUAGCCAUUAGGGAGUGGAUUGCGAUGGCGUUGCAGGCGGGUAUUGAUCCGUUGAUUACGAUGUACCUGGAAUGUAUUGUAGAGCGAGGGGAACUGGUCACAUUCCCCUACUUGGGAGACACAACGCAGUGA